AUACAUUUUCACUAAAACAAACCCAAAGAAAAUCAAACUCGUAGGGAUUAUCAAAUCUCAAACUCCAACCUCCGACACUCGCGAUGUCUCCGCCUCAUUCAGUACAUCUUUAUUUACAAGUAUAAAAGCAGCAUGAUUGGAUCUAAGGGUUUUCAUAGACGUUCCGCUCUCAUUGAUAGAAAAUACAAAAAAAAAAAAAAAAUUCCCAGAGUAUUCUAUCUACUCUCUGAAUGGUAAUGCAGGUCUUUUGAAUUGGAUUGGUUGCAUAACUCUGCUUUCUGAUCCCAGGAUCUGUACUUUGAAGAUUCUAUUUGGAAGUUUUGCAUGGAAAUGACUUGCUAUCAUUUCAGUCCUAAAGAGUGCGGUUGGUAGGUUCUGCUAUACCUGGGAAUUAUAAGCAUAGUGAAAAAAUGGGUCUCUAUAUUUUUGGAAUCCUUGUUCCACUUGUAGCUUCUCUUUUUCUUUGGAAUACAAAGAGUGGAAAGAAGAGGGGAUUACCUGUUGAUGUUGGUGGGGAACCUGGAUAUGCAAUCCGAAACUAUCGAUUUACUCACCCUGUCGAAACAGCAUGGGAGGGCAUCUCAACAAUUGCGGAUUUGUUUGAACAGUCAUGCAAGCAGCACAGUGACAGGCGCUUACUUGGAACUCGGAGGUUAAUUUCAAGGGAGACAGAAGUAUCUGAAGAUGGCAGAUCAUUUGAGAAGCUUCAUUUAGGAAGCUAUGAGUGGCUUAGCUAUGGUGAAGCUUUUGAAGCUGUUUGCAACUUUGCUUCUGGUUUAUUGCAAUUAGGGCAUGGAAGAGGAGAGCGAGCUGCAAUCUUUUCUGAUACAUGUGCAGAAUGGUUUAUUGCACUACAGGGAUUCUUCAGGUGCAAUAUCACUGUUGUCACCAUAUAUUCAUCUCUAGGGGAGGAGGCUCUUUGUCACUCAUUAAAUGAGACAGAGGCUACAACUGUGAUUUGUGGACGUAAAGAACUGAAAAAACUUGUAGACUUAAGUGGACGACUUGACACAGUGAAACGUGUAAUAUACAUAGAAGAUGAUGGGGUCCCAUCUGAAGCUUCAUUGAUUGAGAGGAGCACUAAUUGGGUAGUUUCUUCUUUUCAAAAGGUGCAGGGACUUGGCCGAGAAAACCCUGUUGGUGCAUAUAUGCCUGUUUCAUCUGACAUUGCAGUUAUAAUGUAUACAAGUGGGAGUACUGGAUUGCCUAAGGGAGUAAUGAUGACACACCGGAAUGUCCUAGCUACAGUUUCUGCUGUCAUGACGAUUGUUCCCGGUCUUGGAAACAAGGACAUUUAUUUGGCCUACCUUCCUUUGGCCCAUAUUCUUGAAUUAGCAGCUGAGAAUUUACUUGCAGCUGUUGGAAGUGCCAUAGGAUAUGGAUCUCCAUUGACUCUUACUGAUACAUCAAACAAGGUAAAAAAAGGUACAAAAGGAGAUGCAUCUGUGUUGGGGCCAACACUGAUGACUGCAGUGCCUGCCAUCCUUGAUCGUGUUCGAGAUGGAGUGCGAAAGAAGGUAGAUGGAAAGGGUGGACUGUCCAAGAAACUCUUUGAUUUUUCAUAUGGGCGUAGGUUGUCUGCAGUAAAUGGUAGUUGGUUUGGAGCAUGGGGACUAGAGAAGCUUCUAUGGGACUUUCUUGUAUUUAGAAAGGUUCGGGCAAUUCUAGGAGGUCGUGUUCGUUUUCUUCUUUCUGGAGGGGCUCCUCUUUCUCCUGAUACACAAAGGUUCAUUAAUAUAUGUCUCGGUGCUCCAAUUGGGCAAGGGUAUGGGCUAACUGAGACUUGUGCUGGUGGGACAUUCUCUGAGUACGAUGAUACAUCUGUUGGUCGAGUUGGAGCGCCACUUCCUUGUGCUUUUAUCAAGUUGAUUGAUUGGCCUGAAGGCGGAUAUUUAACUAGUGAUUCACCAAUGCCUAGAGGAGAAAUUGUUAUUGGUGGACCAAAUGUUACAAUAGGGUAUUUCAAAAAUGAAGAAAAAACAAAUGAAGUUUAUAAGAUUGAUGAGAGCGGAAUGAGGUGGUUUUACACUGGUGACAUCGGGCAAUUUCAUUCUGAUGGUUGCCUUGAAAUAAUUGACCGUAAAAAGGAUAUUGUGAAGCUUCAACAUGGAGAAUAUGUAUCUCUUGGGAAGGUGGAGGCUGCUCUUAUCACAAGUCCUUAUGUUGACAAUAUCAUGUUGCAUGCCGAUCCAUUUCAUAGUUACUGUGUUGCUCUUGUAGUUGCUUCACAGCACACAGUGGAAGGUUGGGCUAGGAUGCAAGGAAUAAUUUUUAAUGAGUUCUCUGAAUUGUGCCAGAAAGAAGAAACCAUGAAGGAAGUGCAUGGAUCACUUAUAAAGGCUGCAAAGAAUGCUCGCUUGGAGAAGUUCGAGACUCCAGCCAAAAUUAAAUUGCUUCCUGAUGCAUGGACUCCAGAAUCUGGCCUGGUAACUGCAGCUCUCAAACUCAAGCGAGAAGUCAUUAGGAAAGAAUUUUCUGAAGAGCUCUCCAAGCUGUAUGCAUCUUGAGACUAAAGGCUAGUAACAGGCAUUUUUGAAUUUCGAUAGGCCAUGCAGCUUCUCAUGGAGAAUAUGGCAUCUGCAAUCUAGUUUCAUCUUCACAAUUAUAUUACUUUAGUCAAGUGUUUAUAUUACUUUAGUCAAGUGUUUAAUUUCUGUUUGUUUAUUCUUGUUGGGAGAUAACUUAUCAUUUUUGUCCUAACGCUUAAAAAAUAAUCGGAAUGGAAGAGAAAGGACUUGCAUUUCU